CUCCUACUAGUCGCUGCGGCCGGGAUCGGGAAGUGUCCAGCGUGAGCUGGGUUCCCCCCGCCUUCGGCUGCCACCGCUGAUCCCGGACCCCUAGCCUGGCCCGGGCCCAGCCGCCAUGACGAACGUGUACUCCUUGGAUGGGAUUCUGGUGUUUGGGUUGCUCUUUAUUUGCACCUGUGCCUACUUCAAGAAAGUUCCUCGUCUCAAAACCUGGCUGCUAUCGGAGAAGAAGGGAGUCUGGGGUGUGUUUUACAAAGGUAAGAUCGUAUCUGCCCAGGGGAGAGGAGGAGAGCACUGUCUCUGGACAGCGAGGUGUGCUACCAGCUGCUGUGAUUGGAACCAGGCUGCACGCUGCUGUGGCAGUCACCUGCAUCAUCAUGGCCUUUUAUGUCCUGUUUAUAAAAUGAAUUCCAGAGCAUCCAUCUCAUCAACUGCCAACCAAGGGGACGAGGGUGAAGACCUUGUUGGGGGCCUGGGACCAGCAUAGGAGCGUUCAGCUGAAAUCAUCCAAGUCUCCAGGAUGACAUCACAGCAUCUGCCCCUCCCAUGUGUGGGGAAAACUCAUAAUGAUAAACAUUAUUUAUGCUUCAGGGGACUCCAGAAAGCCAACUCCUCAAAUCAGUCCUUGAAGACAGCGUAUAAUAUCCAGAUAAAUUACACCCCUCGGUGAUAACAUUGCAUACCUCCUGCUUAAAAACCUGUCAUCUGUUUUGUUCCUCGGUCCUCGCCAGGAUCUUUUCAUACUGAAGAUCUUUAGGGAAGGACAUAAGCUGUGUUCAGGUCUCCUGGAAAGAAAGAAUUUUCAGUACUUGACUUUUUUUUCCCCGUUGUUUUGAUUUGGAUUUGGCAGAUUGGAAGAAGUGAGUGGGAAACAGGAGUCGUCCACUGCCCAGAAAUAUUUUGGCUUUGGAGACUUAUCUUUCAUAUACUGAUCUGGCAACGUAAGAGAGUGGCACAGUCCUCGCUGCAAAAAGAGAACAGAUGAAAUCACUGUACCGUGUGCUGGAAGUGGGAGAGUUUGGCCAAGAUGCUCUGGGCCAGCAUGGGAUUUGGGAGCUUUCUGUCUGAUGAAAUCGGAGGGUGGUAACUCGGACACGAACAAAGGUUCUGUUCACCAGUACCCCCAAAAGGAGACAUCACCCCAGCCAACCGUGUAAGAAGAUAAAUCCACUGCUUCUCUUUUCCCAAGCCUUUUUAUAUUUUCUCAACUACUGAGUGCUAAAUACUCAGUUUUAAAUGCCACCACUAAGGGGAAGAGAAACAAUUGAAUUGUUUAAUGUAUUUGCAGCUAGAGUAGAAGAAAUAAAUCUGGUAUAUAUUCAGA